GUUUGGAAAACCUUCCCAUGGCUGUUGCCUAAAAUACACGCACGCGCGCCCAAGACUAAAGCUAUGAUACAGGAUGUAAUCGCAGUCUUGAUGUCAAAAUAUGGGCGUAGCAAACAUCCAAGCAGCAAUUAUAUGAAAGCCGAGCCUGAUAUCCAUCCUAUUCUGACCCCAGUCCACUCUUCUGAUCGCUUUCCGGCCGAAAAUUUGCGAUCAGAGGAGCGAACCGAUGCAGGAAGACGGUGGAUACCAUGGCCAGGCUAUUGACAUUUGUAAUACUUGCCGAACAUGUUGAGGGGUAGUUCUUGAUAAGAUUGACAUUUUGCUGACAUAACAGGGAUCCCAUAUCGUCAUAUGCCAUCCGAUGACGCCCCGCUGAGCAGGCCUGUGGAUGAGGAAAGCCGAAGGAGACUGGCAGCAGGGUGGGACGACAAGGCGAUCUCUACCAAGACGGGAGAUCAACGUUUCAGCAAGACAGACGUGAAGAGGCCAAGACAUAAGGAUCCAAACAAGAUGAAGCAAGGAGUCGAUUAUCCAUCAGAAUCGAAGCAAUACCGAAAUUCUCACACACAAGAGCUGAAGAAGCGGCCUACAACACUGGACGAAAAAAUGAUGAAUGGAAAACGGCCCAUGUCGUCCAUAAAUCAACAAAACCGUGACAGGGGAAAGGGGAGGGAAUCACAACAGAGCAAACCACCCGUGCCCAAACCGAAGCCUUUCUUCACACAGUCCUCCAGCCGUCACUUGAUAGAUCGGGUUGAUUCAGAUAAAGAAAGGGUGGGAGCUAUUCCAGAGAAGUGGCGGAAACGAGGUGGAUUGAAACCUGAUGCACGGCCAACCCAGACUGGACGAGGAACAAAAGACCAUGGUAGCGUUCAUGGAGAUGGUCAGGGGCGUGGAGAUGGUCAGGGGCGUGGAGAUGGUGAAGAGCGCGGAGUCGGUAAAGAGCGUGGAACUGUCCCAAAGCGUAGAGAUGGCCAAGAGCGCCGAGCUGGUCAAGAGCGCGGAACUGGUCAAGAUCGUGGAACUGUCCCAAAGCGUGGAACUGGUCAAGAUCGUGGAACUGUCCCAAAGCGUGGAACUGGUCAAGACCGUGGAACUGUCCCCAAGCGUGGAACAGUUGAAGAGCGUGGAACUGGCCCACGGGACUCGCGGAGUCGAGUUGGAUCACAGCGUGAUAAAAGGCCACCUAAAACCGAUCCGAGAACAAACGAACCGGGCAACUGGCGCGAUCGAAUUGAUAGAUCAUAUAUGGCCACGCUAUAUGGAGCGAAUGAAUGCCAGAAAGAACCACGCAGCACGUACAAAAAGUACAGAGUGGGAACCCGACAACAGCACGCGCACGGCAACAGUACCUGGAACGACAGCGGAACCGACAAUCUCAGCAAAGGCUCAACAGAGUCAAGAGAACGAGGCCGGCACCACAACAGUGGCGGCGUGGACGACAGUCAUACACAAGUCUCAACAGGUUGAAGGAGAGGAUUGA